GGAGAGAAGCCUUUCUGUUGUAAUCUAUGCAUAAAAAGCUUUAGUUCCAAAUUUAAUUUAAGCAGCCACAUGAGAAACCAUACAGGAGAGAAGCCUUUCUGUUGUGCUCUUUGUGGAAAUUUUUUUAUCAAUAAAUACUCUCUAAACAAACAUAUGAGAAUCCAUACAGGACAGCAGCCUUUCUGUUGUGAUCUAUGUGGAAAAAGAUUGAACAACAAAUCCUCUCUAAACAAACAUAUGAGAACCCAUACAGGACAGAAGCCUUUCUGUUGUGAUCUAUGUGGGAAAAGCUUUAGCCAAAAAUCCAGUUUAAGCAGACACAUGAGAAUCCAUACAGGACAGAAGCCUUUCUGUUGUGAUCUAUGUGGGAAAGGAUUUAGCGAGAAAUCCUCUCUAAACAAACAUAUGAGAAUCCAUACAGGAGAGAAGCCUUUCUGUUGUGAUCUUUGUGGGAAAAGCUUUCGCAUUAAAUCCAAUUUAAGCAAACACAUGAGAAUCCAUACAGGACAGAAGCCUUUCUGUUGUGAUCUAUGUGGGAAAAGCUUUAGCCAAAAAUACAAUUUAAACAAACACAUGAGAAUCCAUACAGGACAGAUGCCUGUUGAUUUCUGAUGAUUAAAACGUAGAUAAAUAAAAAUGUAAACGAUUAGUUUGAAUGAAAUGUAGGAAAAGUUAAACAAAAUAAAACAGGAAAAGGGCAACUAAGAGCAAGUGUUAAUGAUUUUAUAAACAAUUGGACUACAAAUUUAAACAUAAUGUUUCAGUUAAAAGCUUUAUUAGAACAAUCAAAGUCAAUCCUAAACAAAUAGGUUUAUAAUCUUGAUUUAAAAGAACUCACCAUUUCAAGCACUUUUUACAGAUUACGUUUGAAACGGAUGUCUUUAGUGGUCAGGAGGGUUGAUAAGGCUUUAUUGAUCUCACAGUGGAGAAAUUCACUUGUCACUGAUAUGCUGAUAACAAGUCUUUGAUGUAUUUAUGUGCUGAGCCAUUUGGGGAUUUUAUGCUCUCUACUUUCUUAGUCUUAGUGAGGACGUGGGCAGCAGCAUUCUGGAUCAGCUGCAGCUGUCUGAUCGACUUUUUUGGUGGACUGAAAACAUCGCUUAGUUAUCAAUUUGACUAAAAUUGAAUGCAUGGACUCGCUUUUCCAAAACCUGCUGAGUCAUCAGUCCUUUAAUCCUGGAAAUGUUCUUCAAAUGAUGGAAGACAGACUUUGUAAUUGUUUAGAUGGAGGUCCUGAGUCCAUUAGUGCUACGGCCCUCAAACUGGGGUCCGUGAAACUAUGCUUUUGAGCCUCAGGAGGCACUGCUGAGGAUGCUUCGUGGUUGAGCUAAGUUUCACAAUGGACAAAUAUUUAGCUCCAUUCACCUCAUCAAGUAAGGUAAAAGUCAAUUCAGCUAAAAUUAGGAAGUAAAACUUUGUGAAAUCCAGAGCUUUGCAAUCACAGCUGUUUGGUCACUUUGCCCAAAUCUGGAUGCUGAACAUGACACACUGCUUUAUCACUGAGGUGUGAUGGUUGUCUUGUGGGAAAGUGUUGCAGAGCUUUUGACCUACACAAAGAAAUGACUGAAUUUAUGCGAGGAGAAACUGGACAUUGGACAUUUCUGACAUGAUCCAGACUGCAUCGCAAAGUUAGCCGAUCUGAGACAUGUUCAACAUAUUGAACAGCCUCAACCUCUCCACCCAAGGAGGCUACACAUCUGUCCUUGUAGUUAUAGACAAAAUCACCACCUUUAUGAAGAAAAAUACAAGAUGGAAUAACAGACAUGUUUCCCCAACUGAUGGACUUUUUAAACAAUGAGAAGGUGUCUGUUCCUAUUGUGAGGGAUGUUGUGACUUCACACCUGGGACUGGAUGCUGAUCCAUUUUCACCUGCUGCAACAAGAAAUGUCUUAACAGGUAAAACAAGAACAGCUCUUGGAGUUAUCUUGUGACAGAACAUUGA